AUGGAUCCCCUAUCCUCUGUUGGCCUGGCCAGUAAUAUCCUCCAGUUUGUCGAGUUCUCAGUCAAGCUGGUCAGUAAAGGCGUCGAAAUUUACUCGUCCACUGACGGCGCGCCCGUCCAACAUGCCGACCUCCGAGCAUCUUUAGAUAACCUGCGGGAGCUGGCGGCGCCAUUUCGCCAACGGAAGAAUUUGAGACUGUCGAGGGACCCUGAUGAGAUACGUAUUGUGCAGACGGCUAUUGCGUGUAAUGAGACUGCCCAUGACCUGCAAGAUGCGCUCGAUGGUUUGGUUGCGACUCCGCACAGCAUGACGUCCAGCGUUUUAAAGGCGCUGCAAAGCGUGUGGGUGCAAGGAAAGAUUGACUAUAUGGUCGGCAGGCUAGAGGGCUACAGGUCUGACCUGCAGCUUAUGAUGAUCAAUGCCGUUUUGAAUAGGCAAUCGUUUCUACAGCGAUCCAUCGACACGCUCAAAAAAAGCAAUAACGAUGAGCUUGGCAUCAAAUCGGACGUGAUGCUCGCUCGCGUCCAGGACCUCAAGGACGAGCUUCGCGACAUACUGCAUGCGCCUCAGCACAGCAGGCCUGGGCGCGACAAGCUGGGCGAAUUGUACGCUGAGGCUCAAGAGAUCGCCAAAGCUACAGAUAUGCUGCGGUCGUCGCGGUUUCACCGAAUGACGCUGCGUCGCCACAACGUCGCCGACAGACACCUCACCACUCUCGAAUGGGCCUAUGAGAAACACCACGAGGGCCAGCGGCUUCAUUUUCGUGAAUGGCUUGAAAGGGGCAAGGGGGUAUACUGGGUUACUGGCAACGCCGGUUUCGGCAAGUCGACCUUGAUGAAGUUUGUCUAUCUGGACCCGCGGACCAAACAGUAUCUGCGAAGCUGGGCCGGACAACAGCAGAACCUCGUUAUGGCGGACUUCUUCUUUUGGAAACCCGGUGCAGAGCUUGAGCGAUCCCAAAGCGGUCUUUUGCGUUCGUUGCUUUAUGAAGUGCUUCGGCAGAUGCCCGCGAUUAUGCCCCGGGUGCUGGGGGCGAGAUGGGACGACUGGAUCACAGAUCAACCAUGGACGCUGAGCGAACUGCAAGAGAUUUUCCGCCUCGUCAGUGAAAAGUCAAGAACAUCUAGUCAUCCCGACAUUAAGUUCUGCUUUUUCGUGGAUGGUCUAGACGAAUACAUGGGCCAAUCACAUGAGAUAGCCCAGGCUGUGCAGGAGCUCAGCGACACACCUAAUAUCAAACUCUGUGUCUCAAGCCGACUGUGGAACACAUUCGAGGCAGCGUUUGGGCACGACGAAAAAGCACUUUUGCGCAUGAACGAGCAUAAUCGAGGACAUCCGGAGAUAUGUGCAUGA